UCAUCAUCAGCCGCACAACUCGCAGCCUGGCAGCUGCAUACAAGUUGUACCAGACCUCGCAACGCAACCCAUCGACUCCAAUACAACAGGCUCUGAGCUCGGAACGCACUGCGAUUUCUCUCGACAACCGUUUCAUGCAUAGCUUUGCGACCGAUCCGUUGUGGAAGUACCUGUCAAACUCAUUGGACUGGUGUCAUCGACCGUAACGGUGGUCGUUACAACGCAGUAUGAUCUUCGAUUAUGAAGCUGAGAUGAAUCGAGUGAGCUCCGUUCAAGCGUUUGAGAUGAAAGCUCGGGGUGGUACGAGCGGCCCUUACGUGUGGGGCAUGAACGCGAAAUGGAAACAUGUGAGGACUGUCUUGGAUCCAACUUGGAGAUGUCCAUACUGUGGUUUUCUGAGCUUUGGUUACAGUGAUAUUGAGCAAUUGCAGAAAGGAGUACGCGCUGGGCGACAUUGCUGCAAUAUUGUAUUGGAAGCUGUUCGUGCAUGGCAUCGGCAUGGAACUGGAUCGCUCGAUGGAGUGCACAUCUUCGCUUGGGAGUUGGGUUAUGCUGACACAAGUGAGGAAUCCGUCGGUUGCAGCAUCCUGUUGAGAUGGCCACAUGAAGAGGGUGGGAAAGACAUCUGGACGCCCUCAUAUGACACGACCAUCAAUAUCUUCAAAUCCGGUCCAGUCAUCGAUGCGAUAGACUUUGUGUCUGGUGUUCCCUUCAUCGAACGAUCAAGGCCGUCAGGUGACAGCAGCUCUGAGCAAGCCAUCCGUUCCAUCAAGCGGUGGAUUAGCAAUUGCUCAAACCAACAUCAUCGCUACUGCUCUGUAAAGACAAAGAGCCAGCUACCCAAACGAGUCCUCGAACUCACCGAGGGUAGCUUUCAUCUCCGCGAGAAUCUGAAUAAUGAAGAGAUGUACGCUUGUCUCAGCCAUUGCUGGGGUUCGACGGGGCCGUCCUUCACGCUGACUAAGGAUACCUUCGAGCUUCUGAAAGCUGGUAUGUCAUCUGCGGAGCUCCCACGUACCUUCAGAGAAGCAAUCGAGCUGUGUUUGCGGUUAGGUAUUCGCUACCUCUGGAUUGACGCCUUAUGUAUCAUACAGCAGGAUAAAGAUGACUGGAAAGAAGCCGCUGCAACUAUGGCGAGUAUCUACGAGAAUGCCUUCGUCACCAUCGCUGCAACAAGAUCGAGCGAUAGUGAGGGUGGCUGCUUUUCUAGAUUACAAGGAUUCAGUCAAGCGACACGGUUAGAAUCAUCUGGCUUGUAUGCCUGCAAACGCCGCCCAGAUGACUUUCCACGAGCGAGCUACUCCCUUCUUUCGGAAAAGGGGCUGUGGCCGUUGCUAUGCCGUGCCUGGGUGUUUCAAGAGCGACUCCUCUCGACACGAGUUAUCCACUUCACUGACUACCAGGUGGUUUGGGAAUGCCAGUCGAUGCAAGAAUCCGAAACUGGCGACGUCAGUGACAAAUGGAUGAAAGACGACUGGAAGUUGAACAGCCGAAGUUCAUCCUCGGGACCAGUCGAAUACCCAUUCAAGUUUCCUCACAAAGAUAGCAAUCUUGCCUGGCAGCGUGCGGUCGCACAAUACUCGCAUCUCCAGCUUACAUACGUUAGUGACCGACUGCCAGCAAUCGCUGCAAUCGUCCAGCGAACUAUGAGAAUUCGGAAGGAUGAUACUUACAUUGCUGGCAUGUGGAGGAGCUCUCUACUACACGAUUCUGCAUGGCAUCGUAUUGAGCACGGCGAGAAUCUCAAACGACCCGAUAAUACAGCGCCUACAUGGUCUUGGGCGUCUGUUCCUGGAGCUGUUGGAUUCUAUGAGGUCUCCCUUCUUCCUUCAACAGAACUGCUCAACGUCCAAUACACAGCGAUUGGUCCAGCUCACGUUGGUGAAGUUUGUAAUGCGAGGGUGUCGCUGAGAGGAUUAACGCUUACCGCCGCGCUGCAGCAUGCUGGCAUCACACACCGGGGCAGCGAGCGGGACACAAUCCUUUACAAUCUGAAGCCCAGUUUGCCGACCGGUUAUGGGCAUUUAAAGCCAAUUCUGUGGAGAUUUAUACCAGAUUUCGGCUUGAGUCUAGGUGAACGGCCAGUGAACCUCGACAACUCCUUCUCUAUCCUCUUCUUGUGGCACAACUCGAAAGAACACAGGUGGUUCGGCUUGGUUCUACGACAAAUUUCAGACACCGACUAUGAGCGAAUCGGCAUAGCUGAUCUCUCGUACUUCGAUUCCCCUAUCGAACGCUUUCCUGGCAGUUCGUGCAAACGGCCGCGACUUGAAACUUGUGCAGACAUGAUCAACAAUUUGCCAGUUAAGGAGUUCAAAAUAGUGUGAGCACAACACAAAGUCUUAAAGCUUGCUUGAGGCCUUCGGCGCUCCGAUGAUCACCUGAUUCAGUGAGUACUGCGUGCGCGUUCUUGAUCAUUCACUGAAAUCAAACAGAGAGGCCGGUACACGCACACUAAGAACCUCCAUUGCC